AGUUGAUGUAAGAGAAGAAGUUCUUGGUUUGGUUGAAUUCAAUCAAAAAAAGUACCAUUUUCAAUUGAAUCCUGAAUCCCUUAUUCUAUAAAUUUACUAAGAGAAGAAAUCACGUAAGUGAUAGAAAGAAUCGUUAAGUAGGCUAAUCUUUAAAGGUUUCCAUUUUCGAUUGAGAAAGCGGCAGGCCCAAAGAGCUCUCCAAUAAGUGCACCGAAAGGGGGCCGGAGAGACGGUCAACCUGAGAUCGGCUAAGAUCGAAAAGCACUUGGUUUACAGCCAAGCAACGACAAAGAAAAAAGAGUCUCAUGUCUUUCUUGAUUGGUAAACCCAACCAGCGAUUUACAACAAACAAGUCUUUCCUCUUGUUGGGGGGAGCAGUUAAAAAAUGAACCAAAGCAAAUGAAAUUAGAAUGGCUAUUCCUCACGAUUGCUCCUUGUGAUGCAGCGGAACCAUGGCAAUUAGGAUUUCAAGACGCAGCAACACCUAUGAUGCAAGGAAUAAUAGACUUACAUCACGAUAUCUUUUUCUUCCUCAUUCUUAUUUUGGUUUUCGUAUCACGGAUCUUGGUUCGCGCUUUAUGGCAUUUCCACUAUCAAAAAAAUCCAAUCCCGCAAAGGAUUGUUCAUGGAACUACUAUCGAGAUUCUUCGGACCAUAUUUCCUAGUAUCAUCCCGAUGUUCAUUGCUAUACCAUCAUUUGCUCUGUUAUACUCAAUGGACGAGGUAGUAGUAGAUCCAGCCAUGACUAUCAAAGCUAUUGGACAUCAAUGGUAUCGGACUUAUGAGUAUUCAGACUAUAACAGUUCCGAUGAACAGUCACUCACUUUUGACAGUUAUACGAUUCCGGAAGAUGAUCUAGAAUUGGGUCAAUCACGUUUAUUAGAAGUGGACAAUAGAGUGGUUGUACCAGCCAAAACUCAUCUACGUAUUAUUGUAACACCUGCUGAUGUACCUCAUAGUUGGGCUGUACCUUCCUUAGGUGUCAAAUGUGAUGCUGUACCUGGUCGUUUAAAUCAGAUAUCUAUUUCGGUACAACGAGAAGGGGUUUACUAUGGUCAGUGCAGUGAGAUUUGUGGAACUAAUCAUGCCUUUACGCCUAUCGUCGUAGAAGCUGUUCCUAGUAAAGAUUAUGGUUCUCGGGUAUCCAAUCAAUUAAUCCCACAAACAGGGGAAGCUUUCAGACCCCUGUCCUUUCCCAUACCUGCGCCGCUAGAGAAGAACAUUCUACAGCCGGCGGUGCUGGAACCGCCCCGUACCGAGGGGCCGUUCACAAGGGGGGGGGCCACCCCCCAGCCCCAACAAACCCCCCUUGUGGAAGGGGCCGCCAAAGUGACGACCAAUGAGGCGGCCGCCGGCUGCGCCGGGGCCUGUAGCGAGGGCUUGAUCAAGGGGGCGGCCCAUUGCCCCAACUGUUUCUGGGAGUGUGUGGGGGGCUCGUGCUCCCCAUUUUGUUAGUGACCGAACUGGUUUAUUAACUAAAAGUGGGCGGCUGGGCCGCUCUCUCUUGUAGCUUGCUUGACAAAUGAGUUCAAGCCGUAUAAAGGCAAACAGCUCGUAUAGCUCGCAAUAGCGAGCCUACUUAUCGCUUUUUUUUGUUUACUUUUCCGCUUUUGACUUCAACGACGACUUCAUAAUAUUAUCCAUGUUUCGGUGAAAGGUCUGUUUCUUAUUUUGUUUUAGCUUAAGGUGUCAGCGAGGAACUGUGUAUGCGGGCCCAUUGCCUAGUGUCUUAGUAAGUGAAAGGGAGUGUAUUUAGCUCCUAUUAGUUAGUCUAGAAGAUAGGAUUGGAUCGGUAACCCCUCCACUCCAUUCCUGACUGAAUAGUGAAUAGCAAUUCCUACCGUCAACGGACUGAGCAGCUAUAAAUCCUAUAGUCCCGAGGAAAGAAAACAGGUAUAGGGAAAGGCUACUAAGAAUAAAAAGUUCGAAUCAUUGCCAGUCUGUAUGAAGUUGAAAUAGGGAUUUUGAACUGAACUCUCCUACCGGUAAAGAAGAAGGCGGAUUCCUAUCGUAAUUCAAUGACUCAAACGAUUCCCUCUCUGCAAUAGAAUAUGAUUUAUUAAUCUUGCCCUAGCUCAAGUGAAGUGACUUCUGCCUCGGGGUGCUGCUGCUUUAGAAAGAUAAUCCCUGCUCAAGCCUAUACUAUAGCUAACGAGCCUUUCUUUGCUGUCUUAAAGGUAGGUCACAGGAGAAGAGAAAGGAAAGGAACUUCAAGAGAGAAGUGAGAUAGAGAACUCAUCCUUUCACACUAAGGGAAAUUCCAAAUUCCCUGGCAUGGCAGGUUAAACUAUAGUUUAUAUCUACCUAUGCCUUGUUUUAAGCUUGAACGGAGAAAACUAGCCGCCCUAACGCUCGGCUUACCUUUAUUCUUCAACUGAUCUUCCAUUCCAUAUUACAAGACUGAGUCCUUUGUGCCUCUAUCAAGUCAGCUUAAUCUUGAUUAUUGAAAGAAGAGGAUACACUAUCCUUGAAAAAGGCCGCACUCGAACCUGACCUUCUUAGGACGGGACGAAUGGAUUGCAAUCUCCCCUUAUGCUGGGAAAGAUUUCUUUAGCUUUAUUGCUAUCCCAAGGCGCUGUUCAAUUAGAGGAGCAGUCAAGUCAUAAGGAACUCGCACUAACAGGGAUCCCCGGCCGAAACAUAUCAUAUCCAUUGUCGGUCAAUCCACAUGUUAAGGGCUCGCUCGGGAAGAGGAUCGAUCUAAUUCAACCAAUUCAACUGAAACUGAGUUGGAAUGCUUUUUUAGUUAAUAGGAGAAGGGAAAGUCAGCAGCUUGGGAUGCACAAAGAAGGAGAGGCGCUGAGACAUGCUACCAACUUGAGAUAGGGUUCCGGGCAUAAAAUAAGUUCGUAAGGGUGGCUCUUGGUGAUGUGGAGUUGGGCGGAUAAUGCAACAGAACAGAAGGUAGAGCUAGAGCCUUAUAGGCUUAGGCUUGCAUGGGUCUGUCUUCUUUUUCUUUCUUUUCCUUUUUUUUAGGCGUCCUUCCUAUAAAAUAAAUAAAAGAAAGGGUUAACUACUGUUAAAUGUUAAAGUGAAAACUGAAACUAGAGUGGCUUAAAGGUAGCUGCUUAAAGGGGAAUCGGCAGUGUUUGUUUUUGAUUCAUUAUUCCUGGAACUAAGACUCCUGAAAGCACCUCCGGUCGAAUUUUCCGGGUAUAAUGCACUAAAGGAACUGUCUGCUGCGUUACCAAGGACGGCGCCCUGUAGUGAUAAUAGAUAAUAAAUCUUCUUGUUAGCAGGUGUUAGGACUAUUAUUCCUUACCGAAGGGAAACACUAAGACAGAGUCUGCAGCCGGUAGAGGAGGGCUUUCAGCGCCUAGCGAAAGUCUAAUUCUCUUAUUGGUAGUACGUGUUAGCUCUCUUUUUAUUAGACCGGAGGAGGAGGUAAGACAGGGGCGGCAGUAGUACGCGUUCGAGUAAUAGUCGUUUUCUCGUUUCGAAUGUUUAUCGUAGCUUUAGUCUAAGCCAAAUCUUAGUGUUGGAAGUAGUGUCGAUCCCCAUCGGUAGUUGGCGAAUCUACAGUGUGAAAGUGACUUUUGGAGAAUCCCCGGUAUUAGUCAGAAUGCUUCGAAGAAGCUAUUUGACAUAUAUCUUCUCUAUAUAGGCUUAGAUUCCAAUAAGAGCAGGAGUAAGCGUAGCAAAGGACGUUAAUCUGAAUUAGAAGGGCCCCCCGUACAUCAACUUCAGACUCACUGAACACUGCUUAAGAUACAGUGCAAAGAAAACCCAUCCGGAUCGACGUCCAAUGUUGUACACAGUCCGAAGGAACAGAUACGCGGAAACAUUAUCUUCUUUAUUAAACCGGGGUUAUCAGAUUCUCUUUCUCUAUUCCAUCAACUCCAUUAGAGAGAGAACUCCCCUUAUCCGGUCUGUCUUGUUCACAGCUGCUAAGCAACCAACCCAUUCAUGUAGUUCUCCGGGUAUAGAGUUCUGAAGAGGUGCUCUGCCAGUAUAGCACGGUGCUCUUUUUGAGUUUAUUUAUCUAUAUUCACUGAACACCAACCCAAUCUAGACGAGAUAAUCCAAACUAUGACUUCAACAUAUAACUACGUACGUUCGACAUGAUUCCUUUCAGGUUAUGUAGCUUGGGCAGCUGAUACCAUAUCCGGUAGAACCUAGUGAACCGUAUCCUUUGUUGUGUGGAAUUUGUUCUCUUCUGAUAUUCUGAUUGUCUCAUAGUGGAUGUGAGUAGUAGGGGCGGUGUCCUCGCUGAAGCCAACCCACUUUAUCCUCUCUGAGAGUCCAACUUACUUACACUUAUUGAAUUCCCUCCAUAUCUAUAUUAGGGCACUCACUCGAGCGUCUUUCAUUCCCUCUCUCGAAUCUAUGCCCGCUUUUCGUCGAACCUCUAUCGUUUUCUGGUGUCGCCUUCUCCCAAAAAUGUGAUGAGCUUCAGUGCUGCAUUGAGUAGUAAGUGGGCCUUUGCGACUGCUGCCCCAAAGAACAUCCAAAGUUUGACUCGUCCUGGUUCAAGACAUUCAAGCGCUCUUUCAACCGGUCUUCGAUACGCUUUGAGUUUUUAGUAAUAUAUAAAAUACUAUAUCUAAUUCGAAAAGGGCUUAUGCACUCCACUUUCCACAAGGUGUAAAAGAAAGGACCAAGCUAGAUUCUCGAAAGGAGGCGGAAAGCUGUCCCUUGGGGUAUGAUAACUUGAGGAAAGAAUGCUACUAGAUUAGGGGAAGGGGAAAAAUAGAAAAGGUGAAGGAUAGGUUUGCGAAAGCUUGACGAAGAUCUGGAUUCCCGUUAACGUAAAGAUGAUAAGACGGAAAAGACUCCUUCCUUAUUUAGGAGAGCGGAGGUCAAACUCGACUGAGCUAGGCUAGGCAAGAGUGGUCAAUAAGACUAAGAGAAGUCGAGGAGAGCUGAGUGGAAAGUCGUUAGCAGGAAUGGUAUCCGGGCAGUUUAUCAGGCUCGAUUCGGUGUCAAAGAUUAGCAUCCCAUUCUCAACAGCAAGAUAAGUGAGAGCAUUUGUUGCAUAUAUUAAGUCAAAGCUAAGAGACAAUUCGGGUUGAUACGAGACCUUCGCCCUCGUCUUCUUUUUGGGAGAUUAGGUGCCUAGCCUCAGAUGGAGCAAAGCAGACUUCGACAAUAUGCUAUGAGUGUUUGUUCUGCUUUCGGGGCAGACUAGCGGAAUAAACGCUUAGAGGAAUAAAUGGGACUUCUUACUUUACUUGAAGCGGGUGGCAUUCUUUAAAGGAGCAGCUUUUAAGCCACCUCCUCGAAGAAGUGAAGAAGAAGGGGUCGUAUAUAGAAGGCUUGUGCAAGCAAGUGACACUUUACUUCAAGCGAAUAGUGCUGCCUCACUUUCUUUAGCUAGGCUGAGAAGCCGAUUUCUUCACUUGUAGUCUAGCUCAUCGAAAGACGCCUAAGACCUUCGCACCCAAAUUCUUUAUUAUACCAGCUCCUCGAUGCGGAAUAAAGGCUGGUGCUCUAAGGGGAGAUGGAUUAAAAUCCCGAGGAAAAUAAAGAAUCAAAUAGUGACGCAUGAUGAAGAAGGCAUGGCGAAGAACUGAUUGACCUAAGGCGAGGAAUUAUUAAGGGAACGUGCCACCUAGGUCUCGUCUUGUAAGCCCUUAUAGAGGAAGAUGAAUGUGCUGCUUCUUCUUCUUACUCCCGCUCGUGCCUCCCCGGUCCCGUAUGGGGAGUCCCUUCGCUCGCCUAAGGGUUAGUUAAGAGUUCUGGCUUCUAGGGCUCUUUUUGUGUAUGGCUGCUGGUUUGGUAGGAUUAUCUCCCUCUAUCGUCUGAUUGUGGGCAUAUUCCUUAGACUAUUAUAUGGAUGUCAGUUUCGGUAAGAAAGGGAUAGAUUCUCAAGCAGUGGAUUCGUCGAAAAGACUUGAAGUUGAUUCUCCAAGAGCUUCUUAGUUAGUAGCAUUCGGCAUUCCCUCUUUGACUAUAUAUGGGCGUACUGAUAUUGAUAGAAAGAAGGGGCAGUUCGGACUCACUUUUGAGAGGAAGAUCUAAGGCCCUAGUUGUAAUGAGACUUUCUGACUCUCUAAGAAUAGAGAGGAGAUCUGUUCUCUUUCCCCUCAGUCUGCUUUCGAUUGGAAAAAUGAAUGGCUCGGUACAGGCUUAUGCCCGAGGCAGAAAGGACCCACUGAGGAAGUCAAAUUCUCGAGGAUGUUUGUAAGGACAGGUUGUUCGUAAGGAUGCUCGGCCGCAUCAUUAGUGCUGGAUGUUCAAAGGUUCUAAAACCGACCCUGAGGAGGAAGGCACUUCAACUAAGAACACACUGGGUGGGCUUCACAACCUUAACAGAAUGAGAAAGCCCUUGGGGAGGAAAGGAGAGAGUCUUAACAGAAUGAGAAAGGAGAUAGGAGAGUUCCCGAUCUGACUGAAAAAGAUAAGAAAGCUAAGGCAGUUACCUAGUUGGAACGAGAGGUAUUUGAUGACUCUCUUUCCUCUCUAAAAAAUUAUAUAUACAAUUAAUAAGGCAAGUAAAGCCUUAAGUAUUAAAUAAGUGAAUACGCCAGCGGGAACUUGAAAUCUUUCGCUUUCUUGGCGAGUGUUCGUCUAUAAAUGAAUGGAAUCGGUAAAGUGGUCUCGGCGGUUCGACUGCUUUGUUCUCCACGCCUUCGUUCAUUUGCCAACUUUCUGACUGCAAAAGCCAGUCCGAGGUUGGAGUUAGAGUUCCUAUCAAUAGGGGAGGGGCCUUACGUACGAGAGUUCAAUCUAGAGUGAUAGUCUUUACCGCAACUGAGUCACUCAGUGAUUUUCUGAGUCACUUAGGCAACUGAACUUGGUACUGAUUCCGGGUAACCGCAUCGGAUUCAGGGAGAAGGGUUCAUCCGCUUUUAUUAAAAAAAAUAUGACCUUUUACCAUUUAUCUAACCAGUUAUAAUAAGGCCUAUUCUGUCCUUUUACCUAUAAAGCUCGAUCCCUCCUUCCUCAAAGGCCAUUAAACAAAGUGGAUGGAGAGUAAGGAUACGAACGAAUAGCUCUUGCUUGAAAUAGAGAGAGACUUAUUUGGAUAACGAUUGCUUUAAUGUAAUUAAUGAUUGAAGUUCGGAUUUCGUUGAACCAGUACGUCUUGUUCCCUCUUAUAAAUGGGAGAAAGCUACUUUAAAAUGGGCUCGUGUGAGAUGGAUCGCAUUGUGAGUAUAAUUACCAAUGUAUCCACCAGGACAAUAAAAUGUAGAAAAGGUUAAGGGAAAGGAAAGGACUUCCGGCGGCUCCUUCUGUCGCCGAAACAGAAAGGAUCCUUUCCCCGAAAGGCCGGUGGUUUUUUACGCUCCAGUUGGUAUCACGCCCUUAAAGAGAGUAGUAUAAGCUCUUUUCAGAGUAAGGGUAAGGCUGCGACGGAAGGCAAAGCAGAAGCUAAUGCCCCAAGUAAUCUGUAAAAAGGCAAGGAUGAGAAUCUAUCUAUUGCGACUAAUGUCAGCCCGCUAUUGAUUGCCCAACUAGAACUCGAGCAGCCCCACCUGAACCAGCUGAGAGAGAUGCCACUGCUACUAUAGCUGGCUACCCGAACCGAGAUCUUGCACCUUCCUUUAGUGGGCUCGUGAGACCUCGACUUCUUAUUGCACCCUAAAGGAGACUAAGAAGCCCGUCCCCCCGUCUUGGAAGCCAACUGUAGCCGCUGUAGCUUUAGAUUAGUAAGGCCAGCUUUCGGGUUAGUAUAGUAGCUCGGACUAGUAGCUACGGCAACAUUGAUCUCCCUUGCCCUCUCAAGUAGUUGGUGCAGCUCAGGUAGGAGGCCCCUAUCACGUAUGGCAACAUGGAAGCUUUUCACGGCCUCGAAUAUGAGUCUUAUUCGGGGUGAAACGAGCAAGCGAAGCCUAUCGCUGCUGGAAUGCCCGCUACCUAUGCUGCUGUAGGCGUAGAGUCCAGAUGAGAUUCAUAGGUUCCGGAUAACGUUUGUUUUGAAGCUGCCACUCAGCUGCAUCUUACAAAUCCUCUCAGAGGCCUCAAAAUGGACGUUUCUCGGGGCCAUGUUGCCGGAAUACAAUCUCGCUUUCAGAACAGGCCUCGAAUUCAGGCCUUGAAGAAACUCUCACUCGAGAACAAGGACUUCCCUGUACUAACGGGCCACCCUACCAUGCCCGCGCGCUGCCACUUGGAUUGACCAACGGUGAGCGUAGAGUCCCCGUUCCGAUGGGGCACCUGCGAGAUUCCGUUUUUUGCCUUCCUCUUUUCGCUUCAAAGUCAAUUUAAAUGAGCGCUGUGUGCGUGCUUCCCCGGAAAAGCACUCACCCCCUCGGAGUCCCUGUCCCCGAAAGAAGGAGCUUGUAGAUUGUGAAGUGAACCAACAAGGGAAGGAACAAGGAACUGAAAGAAAGCAAAGAAGGGAAAUUCCUACGAGAUGAUUAAUGAAUGUAGGUCAGGUCUCUCUAAUUCGCAGUAGGUGUGUAUGCUUCCCUAAGGCGAGAGCAUUUGCUUCUUCGACUGACUCAACCAUGUCUUUCUUCAUUGACUGCUUGUCAUAAGGAGAGAACUUAGCUUACUAUAGCAAGAGAAAAACAAGAACGAAGGGUCGACUGGAGGAGGAGGAAGGAGAGAUUACUAGAUUAUCUUUCACAGACUAAUGGCUCUCUCUAAGAAUUCUCGUUAAUUAAAAGAAUGAAAACUUCACACCUCUAUUUAAACUUGGUCGGGAUAGAAAACUCCCCCUUUGGCUUACUAAAUAAAUACAAGACUUUAUCCACUGGUAAAGGAACCUUAGUAAAGAUCUGCUUUAGACUAUAGGACAUAGCACUCUUGUUUUCAAUAACUCUCGUAAGUUAGUUAGCGAACCAGCACACGAAAAUCAUCGCUUAGAUUUAGAUAAUAAAGGGGAACACACUACACUUUAGUCGACUAUACGAUAGUAUAACUUUCAUUAAUUUAGUUUUUCUAGUUGGAGAUGUAGUUGCUGCUGGAACUGCUCUAGUCUAGUAAAGGUACUCUCGGGAGGAAGGAGUUGCUGACCCCGGUAAUGACGUAUUAGAAGCUGAUGGAGCUGGAAUGCUUCUCGCUGAGUCUGGUGAUCGGCUCGUAACACUUGUAGUUCUUCCCCCACGAUCAGUACAAUCCGUAUCAAUGGCGUUAGACCAGUAGAGAGUUGGAAAGCAAGUGUCGGAGAAAGGUUUUUCCUGAUUGGAGUAUAUGAGAGUGAGCCAUUCUAUAGGGACCCCCAGUAGUCUAACCGAUGACUCAGUCUCUAGUAGAGCUUCCAUGCUUUCAAAUGUGUGUGAUAAGAGAAGUCCCCCUAUAAUAUAACUAUUAUAAUAGAGAAGCAAAGUUAAGUGAAAUAAACUUCUUUGGAAUGUAUAAUUCUUUGAGCUUCCUACUCUCAGAUAAUGAGUGACUCAUACAAGAGCGUAGAUCCGGAGUCCCCCCUCUUCCCCUGCAUCCAAUACAUUUAGCAAAGAGGAGUCAACAAAGGAUACUUAGCUUAUUUCCUUGACUGCGGUUCGAUUGAUAAAGAGUUGUUAGUGGAUCACUAGAUGACAGAGAGAUAAAUAAAAUUAUGGCUUCAUGAUUAAUUACCAAUAAGAUCAUAGGGUCAAGACACAGGGAUUCACAUUUCAUUACGAUUUCCUAGGAUAGAACCAGAGACAUUAUUUAAUACACCUAACCUAGUACCAUCUCAUUAUAAAAUAGGAGGAGCAGAUUCCUACUUUGAUAGUUUGUUCUAGUAAUACGCUUUUAUUUUAAUUCCAAUCGAAUCUACUCGUGUGCUAUCAACUACUCCAACCAAGUACUAUACCUACCUUGCCAAGCUAGCUAGUAUAAGUCUUCCAACCCGGAGCGGAUCAAUGAGCCUUAGAGCAGAGUGGUUGUAUGACUUAGAAGGAAUCAACCUUUUCACAUAAGGAAAUGCUGUCAAGAAAAAGAAGGUCUUGCAAGAAAUAUAAAUUUAUUGCUUUUUCAUAUUACCCUCUCCAUUGAAAGAGGAUAAGACCUAAAAACUGAGGUCCCAAUCUGUUUGAAAUAAACAAGCCUUGCAAAGGGCACUAGACCCUAUUGGAUCGCUUGAAGAAGGUAAUUUGAAGAAGGGGAAACCUUAAUCUUACCCCGGGCAGAGACUGCAACUAGAUAGCUUGAAACUGGCCGGCAAAGAUGUAAAAAAACUUCAACUCGCUUUACAAUAGCAAUGGAAGCUAGCACUCAAACUGGAUGGUUUGAACCUACCAUCUUAGAUAGAAGGCAAGCAAUUGGAUCACUGGGAACUGCCCCCCUUUGGAAAGGUGUAACUAUGGAUACUCUUUUUCCUUCACUCGGAGAUCUUCCAAAAGGUCCAGAAAGAGUAUUCUAGAAGGCCUAAGAACGUUAGGAGAAUACAGAUAGUUAGCUCAUUUUAGCUCCUUAGCCUGUCAGAUCGGUAGAUGGGUAUGAAACAUAUUGCCAUUACAAUUAGGCUCUUAGCCCCUUAGCGUGUUUGGACUCGGGAGCAAGGUAACUUAAAAUCCGAUUUCGCCCAUAGAAAUGAGAAUCCUUAUUCGACCUACAUCCAAGGUAAAAAUAUGCUAUACUAAACUGGAAAUGUCUUCUUUUGAGCCGGAUGUAACCAAGGAACUACUAUGGAAUGCUACUAUGGACUCUCCCUAUUCUCUCGGCUGGAUCGACAUGCGAGGGAUUAAGAUAGGGAGGGCGCAGGGGAAGAGCUUACAACUAGAAGGGAUUCUGUCUGGCAAGCAACUCACACAGGACAGCAAGAAAUGUAUCAAUUAGCGCUUUAGAUCUCCCAGGAAUCAAAGGGCGAAGCACUACAACUGCUUAUGAUAUUAGACCAAUAAGCAUACUAUCCUCAGGCGAAAUCACUUUAAUAUAAGUACGGGACAGGCACUGAUGGAUUGGCUAAGGCUGGUACAAAGACUCCUACAAGGAAAGCAAGAAAACCAGGAUUGUCUGGAGGGGCUUACCCCACGACUUCAACUGACACUCCAACUGUGCCUGGCUCGCUAUCGAAAGAGAGUCCAACUGCCACUGGAACUCAAACUCAAACCGCAGGAGAAUGGCCCUAGAAACUCCUCCAACUUCCCCUUCUACUCAAACUGCCGGGAAGGAAACCCCAUCCAAGAGAACUGGCAAUGCAGCGGAUUAGCCUAGCAAUGGGCGGGAUGGAACAGAACUUGCACGAGAUGCUUCCUUAGCAAGUAAACAGCAGUUAAAAAGAGAUUGGAUUGAAGGCGCUCGCUCGAUAGAGAAUCCGGCAUAACCUAAUAGGGCUCAAAGGAGAUCUUCCACGGUCUCUAGUGAGAAGAGAUUUAAGUGAAACUUUGAGAUGUAAACUAUCUUAUAGAAUUCUCAGUUGAAAUGGAUUCCUGCGCUUGUUUCCAGUUUUUCUGCAACUUCCACUGCAACUACAGGGGCAAGGACCACUGGGAAUGCCACUACUCUUACUUACUAUCUUCUUCGCCUUUAUUUAGAAGGCUUGUUCAAUAAAUCUCCUAAACAAACAGUAGUAAUUUUAUAAUCAAACGACCUAACUUAUUGUUUUGUUCACGCUCUAAGGAAGUGACUUGUUCAGCCUCUGCUGUUCUUGUUUACGACUCUACUGCUAUUGAUUAAUCCGCUGGGAUUGGAAUGCUUUACUUGCUUUCAAAGCCUUUCCUUUCUAGGCUAACUCUGAACUAAGUCCCAACAACGGCUAGCGAAGAAACUGUAGGGCUUAAGGCAGCGAAUGACCUGAGGGUAGGCAACUCAAUAGAAUAAUUAAGCAGCCUGGCUUAAAGUCUAGGACUUCCUAACUGCUUGAUUUAUAAGUCUUAUUUGUUUUUUAAGACGGGAAUGAAUCGCAUAUGUUGGUUGAGAAUUACUCGGGAAUUCUUUUAUAGUUACUUUGCCAGGUUAUAGGGGGCUACUCUUAUUUUUUGUCAAUCGAGCCGCUUUCCCUCAUUCCACUCGUCCAGCCUCUUCGCGAACUUGUACAAUCGAUGCCACAAAGAUAGUCAACUCAAUUAUC